CUAGUAACUAUUUCCCUUCCUGCAUCAACUCGCAUAUCCCGCCACAUCCACAUCACCACUAAAAUUGCCAAUCAAUUGUAGAUAUGCCUGUCUUCCACGUCGUCCUCUUCCGCUUGAAGCCGGGUGUCCCGGCUAGCGAGCUCGAGGCCUGGGCCCGCCUGGGUAAAGCCAUGGUUGGCAAGAUUCCAGGACUGCUGGAGUUCCAUGCCAACCCCCCGUUGGCGAUGACCGCGUCCCGCGCAAAGGGCUACAAUAUGGGCUUGGUGGCUAUUCUGGAGAAGCCGUCAGACCUGCAGGUCUAUGCAACUCACCCAGCUCACCUCGAAUUGCAUGAAAAGCGCGAGCAAUUGUGUGAGGAUACUUUGGCGUAUGAUCUGGAGUACUAGACCUCCCGCGUGUAGGAGUGGUUAAAGGAAAUUGUGUGAUGGGAGUGUCCUACAUUAGGGGCAGGCCAGACCACAUGAUCGCCUUGGUAGCUGCACCCUGACAAUUUUUGUGCAAUUAUUCCUCGUCGGUGCAUGAUUCUGCAGCUGCUUACAUGCUAUGGAUGCGUUGGGCUCCUGGUGCGUAAUGAUAGACGAGAUAAUGGGUUGAAGAGCAAAUCCGCAAUCCAGGGUCUAUUAUCAUGUAUAUAUUGCCAGAAUACAUGUGUGACAAUUGUACAAUCCCUCAGGUUUUGCCUUUGGAAUUGCUCAUCCUAUAGCCUACUGUUGCCCCAAACACCACAAUAGACUAAGAUAACAGAGGGUGCACCUCCAUCAAAUAUGGCCAGAUAAGGAGAAAUAUCCGGACGGAGUCAAUGUGACGAGGGAAAUACAAGGCUACCAAUUGGCGCAGUUGCUG